AUGCGUUUUCAGAGGUAUUGGCCGUCGAAGCUAAGACCACACAAACCCGUCAUCAUGUCCAAGUCCUUGGGCGUCCCGCUGAGCCUGCUCCAUGAAGGCGAAGGCCACACGAUCACGCUCGAGCUCAAGAACGGCGAGAUCUACAAGGGCCACCUCAUGGAGGCCGAAGACAGCAUGAACUGCCAGCUCAAGGACGUGACGCUGACGGGCCGCGACGGCCAGCUCAGCCGCCUCGAACAGGUCUACAUCCGCGGCAGCCAGGUCAAGCUCUUCAUCCUGCCCGACAUGCUGCAAAAGUCGCCGCUGUUCAAGAAGAUCCAGGCGCUCAAGAAGCCCAACGACAAGAAGGCCAAGAAGGGCAAGGGCC